AUGGCAGGCUAUAUCCAAAAUAUUCUCUGGAACUCGGUCGAAGGCUUCGUGGAAGCUGGAACGCGGUCGGCAGGCGAGUAUGCAGGAAACGCUUUGAUUAAAGCGGGUGACAUGAUUGAAAACUCUGGACGCGGUGUUGGAAACUCCAUCGAAAGAAAAGCAACAAACUACGGGUCCUCUCUCUCGGGACAAACGUACAAACCUUCGCCCAAAGCCCUCCCCUCUACCGCACGCAAGCCAGUCGUCAAGCGCUCAAACUCGCUUCCUGCAUCGAGCAGGCUCGUGAACGGCGGAACAAAGAGUGUGAGUUCGACACAACAGAUAGGUGGCAAGAAAUACCCUGGUACCAAUCAAGUCCACGGCAGCGCGAGCAAGAAGACAGGCGUUGCAGGAAGUGUAGGCCGCGCUAAAAGCACGACAUCAAGCAGUGUGACAAAUGGCGCAAAUACCGUUGUGGGAAGUGGACGAAAAGGCCUCAAUGGAGUAACAACAUCAACAUCAUCAGCACGCCAGAAAAGUCCAGGAUCGACUUCUGCCCUUCCUUCCAAGCCCUCCUAUCCAUCUGUCACCCCACUACCGAAACCCAGUAGGCCCUCCUUACCAAGCACGGGCGGACUCAAGACAGCAGUCAGGCCCGGAGCACCGAAACCUUUUGUACUACCGAUAGAGCAGCACAACAAAGGUACCGAUUCGACCCCGAAGUCCACGCCCAAGCCUUAUCCGGGCACGAAUACACUCCCAGGCCAGGCAAGUAAGACGCCAGUUACCGCAAAAAAGACGUCGAAGCCGUUGCCGAGAUUGGGUCCGCAGGUUGGGCCUGGGCAGAAGAUGCAGCAUAUUGCUAUUUGA